CUCUCUCUCUCUCUCUAAAAAAGUAAAAACUCCCUCCCCUUAGCCAAAAGUGAGCCUUGAGUUUCAGGUCUCCCUCGUUUCGUCCUCCAUAUAACCUCGCACGUCCUCUCUGCCAAAUCUCUCCCUCUCCUUUCUCAACCCAAGAGUCAUGUCGUCCUCGGGCGGCCACUCCGGCAGUGUUGGCGGUCCGAUCGCCCCUCAGCUUUACUUCUGCCACCGGUGCGACCGUACGGUUUCCCUCACCCCCUCACCUACCUACGAUCUCGUUUGCCCUCUUUGCAGCGGCGGCUUCCUCGAAGAGAUGGAAACCCCCAACCCUAACCCUAACCCUUUCCCCCCCAAUCCUUUCUUCUCCUUCCCCUCCUCCGACGCCCCUCCCUUCGCCUCCAGCGGAUUUCCCCUCCUCUUCUCCUCCUCCGCCUCUGGUCCCGCUCCCGAUUCCGCUCCCGCCCCUGCCAAUCUCGCCGAUGAUCUCUCCUCCCUCUUCGGUGGCGCACCCUCACGCUCCUCACCCUUUCAGGACCCCGACGCCUUCAACCCCUUCGUCUUCCUCCAGAACUACUUGCAAACCCUGAGGGCAAAUGGUGCCAAUGUCCAGUUCGUGAUCGAUGGCAGCCCUGGCGGCGGCGGCGGGGACCCAUUUGGUUUUCGUGUUCCCACCAAUCUUAAUCUCGGCGAUUACUUCUUUGGCCCGGGCAUCGAGCAAUUGAUCCAACAAUUAGCCGAGAACGAUCCAAACAGGUACGGCACCCCACCUGCCUCUAAGUCCGCCAUCGUAGCCUUGCCGGUUGUGAAAAUCUCAGAGGAGUUGUUGGCUUCGGAUUCGUCACAGUGCGCGGUGUGUAAGGACUCAUUCGAGCUCGGUGAGGAGGCCAAACAGAUGCCCUGUAAGCACUUAUACCACUCGGAUUGUAUUCUGCCUUGGCUGGAAUUGCAUAACUCAUGUCCUGUCUGUCGCCACGAGUUGCCCACUGAUGAUCCUGAAUACGAGCAGAGGAUCCGUGGGGACUCCGGAAAUGGCAAUCAAACUAGUCAAUCUGCGGCUCCUGGUGGGACUAAUAUUUCUAUGGGCGGUGGUGGGAGUGGUAGUGGGUUUGGGUUAGGAAUUGGCACGCCAUCUCUAGACAAUCCGAGUCCAAGUCCUCGAACGGUGGAGCGGAGGUUUACCAUUUCCCUACCACGCUUUUUUGGGGCACUUGGUGGUCCGGCCGAGACUAGCAAUACUGGGAGUGGAAACAAUGAGGAGUCGAACUCAGGGAAUAGGGGAAGGCAUAACCCUGGAUCGGAGGAGCCUAGGCAAGAAGAUCUUGAUUGAGCACAAUUGGUACAGUUGGCAGAUUGGAUAUGCAACCAAUUGUUGAACAAAGAGAAAGAUCUUACACAUUAACAGUUAGUGACAAUUGUUUUUCUCUAAAUAUUUUGUCCUGAUAAUCAUAGGUAAAUGUCCAUCGUUAUUUUUCAUUGUUGUGAAUUCUUUUAUAGAUUCAUCAUCAAUUUAUGAGAAUUUUAUGUGCAUGAUCCGUGUUGUCGAGUGUCGUGUAAUUUUUUAUUUUUAUUUUUAAAUUUUGGUACCAUGGUAAUUUUGGGGAUAUGUCUGUAAUAUGAGGCAUUGUCUUUCUUUCUUAAUUGGCUUAUAUUGUAGUGUAGCUGUGAAA